AUGCACCGGCACUUCACGCGGUGGCGGCUGGGCGGGGCCGUGCGCAACGGGGCGGCUUCGACUGUCGUAGCUGGGAAGUACUCCGUAUUGGUACUUAACAUAGAGUAUUCUCGUAGUCUGGACAUGCAGCCACCACUUCACGCAGCUUGCACUCCGCGUCGGGAGCGGGUGGAGGUGUGGACUGCUGCUCAACGCUUGGGCGUAGUUUGGAAAAUUAUCACAGCAUUUCCCGGACAAAUGGAAAAUCAAAUGAGAAAUCUUCUCAAAAAUGUAUUUAAGAAAUCUCACACGAGUUGCAUCGAGUCCUGGUGCAGUUUUAAGACUUUAAGGCAAAACAAUAAAUGGACUAAUUCACGACGAGUAUGGCGGACUAUCGAGGUGAAUGAUUGAACUGGGAAGAAGACUUUAAUAUUUUUCUGAAGCGCGGACGUCAAAGUAAGUCACUUCCA